AUGCGUCCCGCACGAGCGGCAGAAUGGCCCUGGUCCCGAAAAGAAAGUCUCGCUGCUGCCCACAUCGGGGCAAGACCUCCUCCAACCUCAACCAUGUCGUCCAAGGAAGCGCCGCUUUCAAUUGCUGAGCGCGACUUCAUUUUGGAGGCGCUCUGCCAGGAUGUGCGUCUGGACGGCCGCAAGGCUGAUGACUAUCGUCCUCUUGACAUAUCUUUUGGAGAAGAAUACGGACAUGUGAAUCUGCAGCUUGGAAAGACAAAAAUCAUCGUCCGCAUCUCUGCUGAGGUCACUAAGCCUGAGGAGAACCGACCUUUUGAUGGUACAUUCAACAUUAACAUGGAGCUGACCAACAUGGGUUCACCUGCUUGGGAAAACGGCCGAUCCAAUGAUCUAGAAGCUGCCACUACCCACACUCUUGACCGUGUCAUCCGUCACUCUAAUGCUCUCGACACCGAAUCCCUCUGCAUCCUGAAGGGUGUCAGCUGUUGGAGCAUCCGCGCUGAUAUUCAUGUGAUUGACUUCGAUGGAAACCUCACUGAUGCCGCCUGCAUUGCAACCAUGGCGGGACUCCAGCAUUUCCGCCGGCCCGAUGCUGUGGUACGAGAUGGACGGGUCAUUGUCUACAAUGUUGAUCAGCGUGUGCCUGUCCCACUCAACAUUACUCACAAGCCGCUCUCCGUUACCUUCCACACUUUCAAUGACAGCAAGAAUGUCAUUAUUGAUGCCACCCUCAAGGAGGAGCAGGCAGCAGAAGGCGAUCUCGUGAUUGGCAUCAACAACGCCGGUGAUCUCUGUUAUGCUUCCAAGAUUUCAGGUGCCCCGGUUGAUGCUAUGGCCAUUAUUACCAAGACAAGUAUUGCGUGGGAGAAGGUCAAGGUUCUCAAUGCGGCCAUUGACAAGGUCCUUCAAGCUGAUCUGGCAAAGCGUGCAAAGAUUGGUAUGGCCGACGAGUCUCGUGCAGAAAAUGAUCGGGAGAUUCAACCUGAAUGA